UCGCUGGCCCCUCCUCCUGUCGGGUCUCCGCCGAGCGAGCGGAGGAGACUCACCGCUCGUUCCCCGACGGAGGUUCACAACCAGGGUCACUGCUUAAAGCAGUCAGUGAUCAGGAGGACUGUACUUUAAAAUCGUUUUUGCUUUUUGGGGUUUUCUGCAGCACGUCAUCUUAAAGUUUCGGUUUUAACAGUGUCGUUAAAAUGGGACACAGGAGCCCCCCUGCAGGAGAGGAGUGACUUUACAGGCAGCUGCUGUGACGGAUAAUCCCGCAGAUGAAGAUGGAUCUUCCCUCUCAGUUCGUCCUAAACACUCUGCUGGUGCUGAUUAUUGUUCCUCUUGCCACUUGUGGCUUCUGCCCCCGACUUUGCUCCUGCCCUCAGCCCACCGAGCUCCACUGCACCUUCCGCUCCCUUCUCACCAUCCCAGCAGCUAUACCCAAACACGUGAAACACAUGAACCUGGGGUUCAACAGAAUUAAUAACAUCACUGACAAAUCACUGAUGGGUCUGAGGAAGCUGGAGAUGCUCAUGCUUCAUGGGAAUGACUUUCACCAGCUACCUGAUGGAGCGUUCACGGAGCUCAGUUCACUUCAGAUGCUGAAGAUGAGCUACAACAAACUGAAGGAGAUCAGCAGGCACGCUCUCCACGGUCUGUGGUCUGUGGCCAGGUUACACCUGGAUCACAACCAGCUGGAGUACAUCCAUCCAGACGCCUUCCAGGGCCUCACUUCUCUCUGGCUGCUGCAGCUGGAGGGCAACCAGCUUCAGCAGCUGCACCCAGACACCUUCACCACCUUCACUGUGAAGAGCCAUUUUCAUGUCUCAACUCUGAGGCACCUCUACCUGUCAGACAAUGAUCUGGUGACACUUCCUUCCAGGCUGGUAGGGACCAUGCCCCAGUUGGAGAGCCUGUACCUCCAUAGAAACCCUUGGAUCUGUGACUGCAGCAUGAGGCGGCUCCAUGACUGGAAUAAAAAGUUUCCAGGUGUUGUAAAAUGUAAAAAGGAUAGGACCCUUCCUAGUGGCCAGCUGUGUCCCAUGUGCUCGUCUCCCAGACACCUCCAGAGAAAGGACCUCUUUGAUGUGGAGAACCUGGUCUGCAGAAGCCCCGUCAUCACCUUUCCUCACAGGAUGUCCACACCUAAGGAUGUUGAGAGUGAGGUUUUGACCACAGAGGAUUUCAUAGAACCAUUUGGAAAUCUCUCGUUUGGCCUAUCUGAUGAACAUGGGAAUGAACUGGAUCUGAUGUGUAAUAUUAGCAAGUCUAAUGAACUUACCAAGAUCAGCUGGCAGCAGAGCAGUCAGCCUCAGCUGACCAACAUCACAGUGGCGGUAGAUCUGGACUGUCCAGUUAAUAGAGAAAAAUAUGAAAAACUGUGGAGGCUCAUAGCAUACUACAGCAGUGUGCCAGCACAUUUACAGAGGGAAAUUAUUCUAAGCAAAGACCUUCAUCAAACCCAUAUGUACAGACAGGACUCUGAGAAAGAUGCCCUGUACUACACAGGUCUCAAAGUUAAUAUAACAGCCCAACCACCAUGGCUGCUGCAAACAUCUGUGAACCUUCAGCUGAACCGGCUUCAGUCGUCAGCCAGGAUGGCAAAAUUGAGUAUGAGCACAGAGCUCUCAGAGAUGGUGGAGACGGAGGAGGUGCAAAGACAGAAGAGGUCAUGGGUCACGAUUGAGUCAACAAACACCAGUCAUAAAGUCUUCAGUGCUAUCCUAGGAAAGCAAACUCGAAUGAACUGCAGCGUGCACAGUUCAGGUCAACCAGUUAUUCGCUGGAUGCUGCCAGAUGGCUCCAAAGUGGAGGCACCGUACUCAAGUCCAGGCAACAGACUGUCUGUGUCCCGCGGUGGAACGUUGAUUAUUAAGGCUGUCCGCCCCACAGACGCAGGAAGUUACUACUGUAUCGCCAGGGCUCACGAAGACUUUGCUGUCUUGCCGUUCUAUCUGACAGUGCAGGAAUCCUCCAGCCCUCCCCCGAGGAACGAAACAUCAAUCAAACCUAGGGAGGUAUUUGUAGGCAAACCUAUUUCCCUGCAUUGCACUGCAUCUGCCUCCCCCGAUGCUGAAAUUAACUGGAUUCUGCCAAACAGCAGCAUCGUGAGUUUCCAAGCCAACUCAUCCAGAGCUUUAGUCUAUUCCAAUGGCACUCUACAUAUUCCACAGUCCAAGUUAUUAGACAGUGGUUAUUAUAAAUGCGUUGCCAUGAAUCAACAUGGUGUGGAUACACUGGCCACAAAACUCGCUGUUAUCAGGCACAACUUCAGGAAGUUUCCAGCAACACCUCAGUCAGCUUCAGGAGUCAACACUCAAAUUAAAAUCCCCACAGAAGACACAGAAGAAGCAUCAGGGGACACUGAAGGCACUCAGGGUGGGGCUCCAGUGAGCCACCUGGAGCCUUUGAGAAGGAGAACUCCAGGAGGUGUGGUCCCGAGCAGGAGGGGCAUUCACCCGUCCAGGCACUUCUGGCGGAAGCCCCCAGUGCUUCAGCAACCAAGAGGAUCGCGUGUUGUAGACAGGAAGAAUCCUACUGACAACACAAGGAGGAUUAAUAUAUCGAAAGGUAAAAUAGAUCCACAGAAAUGGGCUCAUAUUUUGGCCAAGAUUAGAGAUAGAAAGGCUCAAAAUGCUGUGACACCAGUCCCAACUCAGCACACAACAGAGGGGAAAGCUGCAGAGGGGACAACGCAGUCAAAUGAAGCUACUAAAGGAUCAGCAGACAGUGUGACUGAGCAGGCACGGCAGGGUUUUUUCAGGACGCUGCACACUCCUGUACACAAUCCGCUGUUCAAAACUGAUAAACAAAAUGUACAAGACCAGGCCACACAACGUGUGACAUCUAACAGCAACAUUAUAGACAACGCACACAGCAUGCAAGCUACAACAGCACAGACAUCCAACGAUGCGGUCUUAGACCUACACACAAGUUCAAACAGUGUGUUUUCCCCACAGACCACAUCUGUUCCACUGUAUGCUGUCACGUUCUGGCAGUCGCUCACAAACACAGAUGUUAAUGAGGAUAAAACAGCUGAUUGGUCCAAGGAAUCACAGAGGCAUGUCAAUACAGAUAGACUAAAGGUUAUUGCCAGUUCGAGGAAUGAUAACGAACCCUUUUUGAAAAGGAUCCUUUCAGUAAAUCCAAACAAAUCAGCGAAAAGCAAAGAAGAAAAAUAUCCUAGUGAGCCUGUCAUAAAAUCUGAUGAUUUGCAGUCUGUAGCAAGGGCAUCUCCAACAACUGGCUCUGAAGGCUCUGAAUCCCCUCCACGCCUCCAACAACAUAAUUCCAGGCGAAGGAAUGGGAGUCAGAGGAGGAGGCCAAACAGAAGGAAACAAAAGCUUGUGAAAUCUGUCCCGUCUAUGGCCAUCACACCUGCCAAAGCUGUCCCAGCAACUGUCAAGACCACUCCCUCCACACUGCUAAAAAUAGCUUCCUCAGAAGUUACAGCAACCAAUCCCAGUACCACUGUUCCAUUCACUGGCAGCCAAGAAGCGUCAUCAGGAAAACUGAGUCAUAAAGAAAGCACAGCCUCCAGGCACGACCACGAGGCAGCCACUAAACCCUCCUCCCCACCAGCUUCUCUCCUCCAAACAAAGGACAGCCAUCUGCCAUUAUUAAAAAGCACGUUAGCGGCACCAUCGCUUCCAGCAACUUUUCCAGAAGUGGGUGAUACAAAGACAACCUCUCAAGCAGCCUUUGGAGUUUCAGGCUGUCCACUAGAGCACUUCAGUGCACCAACACCAGCCACUUUGCAGAGGCUUAUAAACACGCCUGCUCCACCUAUUAGGCUUCCUGAGGAGACACAAAGGUCAAGUGUUAUGGGUGACCUUGGACCUCUGCCAAGCUCUGACAGCUUGUUGGUGGGUUUUUACGCCACCAACACUGAACAACUGCAGAGCAAUGGGGAGGAGAGCCAACUGGGCCAGCAGUACACAACUAAUGAAGGGAUGCUGUUGAAUGAGAGUGGGGAGGGGUUUUUGGCACCGCUGUCCCCAUCCUCCACGCCUUUGAUCGACCAAGUAAUCAAGACAACCUCUGGGUACACUCCCAGUGACUUGACUGUGACACCAAGCACACUUUCCAAGGAUUAUUUGGAGACAGCUCUGGGUGUUACACAGACUUCUGCAGUACCUGAAAAUUCACAUUAUACUUCUAGUCAAAGUAAACCCUCAAAGGUAGCUCAGAAUCUUAAAGAAGCUCUAAAUGAAAAUGUUUUUCCUUCUACUGCUAGUACCUUUAAAGCAAAACCUACCUCUCCUGCCACUCCGAGGCUUGAUCCUAUAAUGCGUGUCAAAGUGACAGUGGAUACCACACUUCCCAAAAUAUCUUCCACAGAAGCCAAGAUGGACUCUUCACUGAGGACCAGCAUGCAGGAGACUCCCUGGAUCAGAGUCGGCCAUAAUGAAGACCAACAAAUAAACCCCAUCAUUAACAUAUCAGAGCCACGGAAAGAAUUAAACUUCCAGCCCACAACCCAGUCGGCAGACCACAAACCAACUAGCACACGUCUGACGGGCAGACAGAUCGUCUUACAGUCGGUCACCUCUGCUCCGACUGCUACAGUCCAAACGAAUCCGCAUAGAGAGACACUGUUAACAAGUACUCACAAUGUGUCCAGGAAGCACCAGGUACCUACACAAGGAUCUGUUCCAAGAGGAAAGCCAAGGAUAACUAAGACUCAUUUCCAGACGUUCACUGUUAAAGCUGAAACAGAUGCUCAACUUCCCUGUGAGACCGAAGGUGACCCAAAGCCCUUCCUGUCAUGGACCAAAGCUCUUAGUGCGGCGAAUAUUCCUCAGAACACCAGGGUCCAGAGGUUUGAGGUCCACCAAAAUGGUACAUUAAUCAUCAGGAGCACACAGCUCACAGACGGAGGCCAAUACCUGUGCACAGCGCAGAACCAGUACGGCACGGACACAAUGCUGGUCAACCUUGUGGUCUUGUCUCAGCCUCCGCGGGUCCUGCAUCCUCAGCACAGAGAAAUGACUGUGCAUCUAGGUGACAAAGUCAGUGUGGAAUGCAAAGUGGAAGGGCAUCCUGCGCCCCGGGUCACAUGGGUACUCCCUAACUACGUCCAUGUAGCUGCUGGUUCCGUUUCUGUUCCAUCUCAGCAGCACGUAGUUGUUGGAAAUAACGGGAUCCUCCAGAUCAGCCAGGCCCGCUAUACAGACAGAGGGAUUUAUAAGUGCAUUGGCAGCAGUGCAGCUGGAACUGACUCUGUUUCAGUACGUCUUCAUGUCCGAGCAUUGCCACCCGUGAUUCAGCAGUCACAUCAUGAGACUGCCACCAUUUCAGAAGGCAGCCCUGCCUACAUCCACUGCACUGCUACAGGUUCCCCUCCAUCUGUUAUUCGCUGGUUUACACCUGAUGGUGCACAGCUCACUGCAUCCCUAGACACUGGACAGAACCUAAUUGUUUUCCCCAAUGGGACUCUCUACAUACAGCGUGUGGGCAAAAGAGAUGCUGGGAGAUACGAGUGCUCAGCCAGUAACACAGUGGCAUCCAGCAGGAGAACUGUGAUCCUGAACAUAAGGAAGAAUCUGUCCUCUGCCAAGGCCAGUAUCACCUUAUCAUCACCCCAAAGAACAGAUGUCAUCUAUGGGAGUAGUUUGUUACUAAACUGUGUGGCAACAGGACAGCCAGAGCCCCGAAUCCUCUGGAGGACACCUUCUAAGAAGCUAGUAGAUGCUCAGUACAGUUUUGACAGGAGAAUCAAAGUGUUUCCCAAUGGCAGCAUUAGCCUUCAUCCAGUGACUGACAAGGACAGUGGCGAUUACUUAUGUGUGGCUCGUAACAAGAUGGGCGACGACCAUGUGCUGCUGCGGGUACACGUGCUGAGCAGACCAGCCAAGAUCGAACAGAAGCAGCAAAGAUCCAGUCAGGAGGUUUUGUACGGUGGGGACCUGACGGUGGACUGUGUGGCUUCUGGCCUCCCCAACCCGGAGAUCAGCUGGGUUCUGCCGGAUGGCACCAUGGUUAACCCAGUCAAACAGAGCGAUGGUGUCUCUGAGGGGCGCAGUCGCAGGUAUGUGGUGUUUGACAAUGGGACACUUUACUUCAACAAUGUUCGCAUGCCAGAACAAGGUGACUACACAUGUUACGCGGAAAACCAACAUAGCAAAGAUGAGAUGAAGGUCAGAGUCAAGAUCAAAGCUGCACCCUCCCCACCGAAAAUUCAAAAUAAAGACCCACAGACUGUCAGCGUUUUCUAUGGCAACGAAGCUACACUGAGAUGUAAUGCCAAAGGUGAACCAGCGCCAGUCAUCACAUGGUUAUCCCCUUUAAACAAAGUGAUUUCCCCCGCAUUAGACAAAUACCAGGUUCUGGAUGAUGGGACAUUGGUAGUUCAAAAGAUCCAAGGUUUUGAUAAAGGUAACUACACAUGCAUAGCUAGAAACAAUGCAGGACAGGACCGUGAAGUUACCAGACUCGAAGUCUUGAUAACACCUCCAGUGAUCAGUGGGUUAAGAGGAACUUUGAAUGCUAUCAAAGUAACCGCAGUUCAGAAUCAGCAAAAGCUGCUGGACUGCAAUGUACAUGGAAACCCCAGCCCUCGAAUCACUUGGCUUCUGCCAGGAAAUUUGACCCUUUCUGCUCCAUAUUACAGCAAUAGAGUGGUAGUUCAUCAGAAUGGUACCUUGGAAAUCCAUUCACCCAAGGAGACAGACUCGGGGCAGCUGGUUUGUAUUGCUCGUAAUGAAGGAGGAGAGGUCAGGUUGGUGGUCAACUUGGAUGUGAAGACAGUUGAUGAGGGGCCACAAAUUAGACCUCCCAAAGCAAAUGUUCAGUCACUGAGUGUAGGCAAUGCUGUGGCUUUGAAUUGCUCCUUUGAGGGCUCAAUACUACUGCCUGUCACCUGGAUCCUGCCCAGUGGUACACCUUUGCGUAGUGGUGCUCGGUUCUCCAAGUUUUUCCACCAGCCUGGUGGCUUGCUGAUCAUCAGCAACCCCUCUAUGGCUGAGGCUGGUAUGUACCGCUGUCUGAUACAUAAUUCAAGGGGGCUUGUGGAGCAUACUGUUACACUGACCCCAGGAAAAAAACCAGAGAUCAACAGCAGAUAUAAUUCCCCUGUCAGUGUCAUGAAUGGGGAAAACCUUUGGCUUCACUGUCAAACCACUGGUGAAGCACUCAGACUAGCAUGGACUCUGCCCAGUGGAGUCGUCCUCAGCAGACCACAGAGAGCUGGGCGAUACACCAUACAGCCCAAUGGAACCCUUGCCAUUCAACAAGUGUCAGUCCAUGAUCGGGGUCCCUACGUUUGCCGAGCUAGUAAUGAAUAUGGCAGCUCCUUGCUCUCCACUGUGGUAAAUGUAAUAGCAUACCCACCUCAAAUUACUAACGGCCCUCCCUCUGUGACUUAUGCUAAACGUGGAGUUGCUGUUCAGUUAAACUGUGUAGCAACUGGCAUCCCUAAAGUUGAGGUAGCAUGGGAAACACCUGACAAAAUUCGUCUGGCUGCCAAUGCAAAGCCAAAGCUCUUUGAAAACAAGUACCUCCUUCCGCAAGGUUCCCUCAUCAUCCAGAAUCCAACACAAAGAGAUGCUGGCAUCUACCGAUGCACAGCCAGAAACGCCAUUGGCUUGGACUCUAAAGCUACAGUUCUCAACGUGUUCUAAAAUGUCACCGUUCCUCUUCGUCUGUUGCUGCCCAAACAACUGCCUGAUUAAAAGGAAGCGUUUAAUCACCACAUGUAGUAAUAACUUCAGUUAUAAUGAUGAGUUGAUUAAAACCUGCAGUGAUGCUUUGAGUGUUUGCUCUUUAGAGGCCGUUAGUUGAAGACACCGUGUGCCAGUUUACAGUUUUCUCCAUUUUGCAAACCUCCCAUUUCAAGCAUGUAGGAAAUAUAUGCAGUUUUUUUGGGGUUUUUUGAGGACCAAUUCACAACAACGAUUUCCUCAGGCCACUUUACAUUGUGAGGUAAUUAGCCUACACAACUGGAAAGAGAAAGCAACAGUAAUUGUCUUCUGCUGGCACUUCACACUAUCAAGCAGAAUAGCUGUGUUCACCUGCUAUGUGCAAGACAAAUACUGUAAUAAAGAUAGACUUAAAUAAUAUAGAACAUCGUUGUUUCAAGUGACUCAGGGACGUGGAGCGUGCAUGCCAGCAUGCAAAACACAAAAUGACUCUUUUAUUCAGUAAAGAAGUGAAGAUGAUGUUGAUUCGUUUUAGUAUAAGAUGCUUAUCUUAUCAAGGAUGUGCAAUGCUUUAAUUUAUUUUUCUAAACUUUUGUAAUAUAAUUGUUAAUCGGAAAUCUACAUUUGUAUUCAAACUAAAUAUGUGGACAGCGAUUUUGUUUUGCUGGCUUGUGAUUACCUCAGCUGCUUAUGAUGCUGCCGGGGUGCGAUGUGCAGGUUAUGACAGAUGGAUCACGCCUAACCACAAUCGUGUACAUGAGACUGGUGCUAAAUGAACAACAUUGGAAUAAUUAGCAUUUACGCCAAUGACUGCCAAACUGUUCAGCAUGUUAAAAUGUAGCCUGGCGGGACAAAGCUGUGCAAAGAGUUACUCUGCAGACCCGGCCUUAAACUAUCCGGCUUUGGCUCUAUCAGCUCCACUCAAAGUUAAUCACGCCAAAACAUUUUAUCCUUUGGCUGAUCUCCAGUUGAUCAGUGAGCAUAUAUUCCCAGCUGUAUGUGUACCUUUUCUUCAGUGGAACAGUUAUUUCUGACAAGGACAGAUGAUGUCAGCCUGUAAAGAAUUGCUAAACAGCUCAUUUAAUUGUGAAAUACUUUUGAACUUAAUAAA